ACAACCUGAAAGAACAAAAAAAUUUAACAACUUGAAAAAAAAAAAAAAAAAAAGUAAAAAGAUAGCUGUAAAAAUGUAAAAAUUUAUGUAAAAUUGAAAAAAAAAUUUAACCAUAAAAAAGUAAUUUUUUAUGUAAUUUUCUAAAAAAAAAUCACACCAGAGUGCCGAAAAGCUCCUAAUAGCGGGCUGGAGAUGGGCCGAAACUUAUAAAGACAGGCCCAUUGUUUUUUGGAGUUUGGACAGCAAGAAAAAGGAUUGUGGUAGUUUGUUUCGACUUGGAGAGAAAGAAAAAGAAGUCAAUAUUAUCGAGAUAUAUUGAGAAAUUCUUUUAUUGUAUUUCCUAAUUUGUUUGUAGUUUCCAAUUUUUUAUUACAUCAUUAGUUUCCUAAUUUAUAAUUUCUUAUUCUUUUGUAUAUAUAUAUAUAACAAAAACAUACGAAUGAAAUGAAACGAAAAGCAAGCCAUUCACGAUUUCUUCAAAAACCACUCAAAACCCAGAACAACCAGCAAGAUGAGUCGUCUAUGGAAGACCAACUCCUUGAGAACUCUCAGAUACCUUCGUUUAUCCCAAUCCGCCAUUGAUAGCAGCACCAAGAGCUCCAUUCGAGCUCUCUCAACUUCUUCACCAUCCAUUCUUAAACACCCACUUCCUCUCCUCUCCAACAGAUCUUCUUCUUCUUCGUCUACUUCACUUUGGUCGCCCUCGCCUUAUUCGCUCACCGUUCGAUACCUCCGAACCGGGCGCGAUUCUGGAUCCAGAGUUUAUGAGAUUACACCUCCUGUCAAUUGGGGUGUUCGGAUUGUGCCUGAAAAGAAGGCCUUUGUGGUCGAGCGGUUCGGGAAGUAUGUCAAGACUCUUCCUUCUGGAAUCCAUUUCUUGAUUCCCUUCGUUGAUCGGAUUGCUUACGUUCAUUCCUUGAAAGAGGAGGCCAUUCCCAUUCCUGACCAGUCUGCAAUCACAAAGGACAACGUCAGCAUUUUGAUUGACGGGGUUCUAUACGUCAAGAUUGUGGAUCCUAAAUUGGCUUCUUAUGGAGUUGAGAAUCCUAUAUAUGCCGUUAUUCAGCUUGCACAAACUACAAUGCGUAGUGAGCUAGGGAAAAUCACUCUCGACAAGACAUUUGAGGAAAGAGACACUCUUAAUGAAAAGAUAGUAGAGUCCAUCAACAAGGCUGCAAAAGAGUGGGGCCUCGAGUGCCUACGUUAUGAGAUAAGGGAUAUAUCUCCUCCUCGUGGAGUGAGGGCUGCUAUGGAGAUGCAAGCAGAAGCUGAGCGUAAAAAGCGAGCUCAAGUUCUCGAGUCAGAAGGAGAAAGGCAGGCCCAUAUCAAUAUUGCAGACGGUAAAAAAAGUUCUGUGAUCUUAGAAUCAGAAGCUGCAAGGAUAAAUCAAGUCAACAGAGCACAGGGAGAAGCGGAAGCCAUUCUUGCUAAAGCAAAAGCAACUGCUGAAGGUCUUUCCGUUGUGUCAAAGACCCUCAAGGAAAAUGGAGGAGUAGAGGCUGCAAGUUUGAGAAUUGCUGAACAAUAUAUUCAAGCCUUUAGUAAUAUUGCCAAGGAGGGCACAACAAUGUUGUUACCGAGCUCAGCUUCUAAUCCUGCCAACAUGAUGGCCCAAGCUCUCACCAUGUACAAAAGCCUGGUUGGCAAUAAUACUUCCAGUAAUGGGGUUCAUCAAACACCUCGUGAUACAACAGCCAAGGUAGAGGGCGAGGGUGAUGAUGCUCCAUACGUGAGCGCCUAUACUUCAAGAACACCGAAAAUUGCUCCCCUUGAAGAAGAAAAGCCAGGGUUUUCGCUCCAAAGUCCCAAGAAUUCAGAAUAGAGUUUUGAUUUCACCAAAGAGUUGUGCCAAAAUAUAAUUUGAUUGAUGAGCUUUUGACAAUUAAUAUUUGAUGGAUGAUUCCAUAAUGGUUUCUCUGAAGAGGAGGUUGGUAGUAUCUUUAGGAUGCUCAUUCUACUUCAUUUUCCGGCAAAGAGUAAAACUUGUCCAUGUUAUAUGAGCAAUUAGGGCGUCUUAUUCAAUAAUGAGAUUAAACAGAUGUUAAUGUCAUGUUAUGGAAUUGGAAAUUUUUACAGCAGACCAUUUUUCA